ACUUCCACCAUGUCUGAAGAUUUGUCCAGCAAGUACGUUCUCCAAACCGCUGGCUUUGAUGCCCGGUUCCCCAACACGAACCAGACCCGGCAUUGUUUCCAGAACUAUACAGAUUACUUCAAGUGCAUCGCUGCCAAGGGUGAGGACUUCGCCCCCUGCAAGCAGUUCAAGCGCGCCUACAACUCGCUUUGCCCCAAUGAAUGGAUUUCCCGCUUCGACGAGCAGCGCGAGAACGGCACUUUCCCUGCCUCCCUGGAGCCUUGAUGUAUCAUGCUAUUUGUUUCGCAGUAAAACCGUAAUAGAGCAUCAAUUCUCAUUGUAUAGGCCUGUCAUGAACGCGUAUGCCGAGAAUGUUACACCCAC